UCUCAUCAGUAAGAAGGCUUGUCCGUUCACCAUCGUUUCUGCAGAAGAGGAAAUCCAGUCCAUCGCAGCUCUAAAUCACCGCCGGAGAAGAGAAUUCACACUGUGUUUGUGACCAUGGGAGAUCUCGACGGGCUGCUGGUCCUGCUGGGCGUGGUUUCACUCCUCAUGUCCGGCCAGUGCAGCGACAGCUGCCGACAAGAUGGCCGCCCGGGAGAGGCCGGCACGGCGGGCAGAGACGGACGGGCGGGACAGAAGGGAGAGAGGGGGGAACCGGCGGUGCUGGCAGAGGGCCCGCCGGACGCCAGCGUCCUGCUGAGGCUGAAGGGCGAAACCGGGAGCCGCGGCCUGCAAGGCACCAUGGGUCCUAAAGGUUUCCGUGGUGAAUUAGGCCCCGCCGGUGUCCCAGGGCGCCCCGGCCCCCCCGGCCCUGAAGGGAGGGGCUUCGGCCGAAGUGCUGAGUCGCUGCAGCAGUCCCACUCGGCCUUCUCCGUGUUCACCAACGACACCACGUACCCCGCCGCCAACACCGCCACCAACAACAAGAAAAUCACAUUCCAGUCGGCCAUCUUCAACAGCCCGUCCUCAGGCAUCACCCUGAACACAGGCAUCUUCAACUGCAGGGCGGCUGGCGUCUAUUACUUUGUCUUCCACGCCACGACUAAGGUCAGCAUGUGUCUGCGCUUGGCGAGCGACGCUCUGGGAGAGGAGAAGCUGGGAUUCUGUGAUUACAACACCAGAGGAAGACCACAGGUGCUGUCGGGCGGCGUGGUGCUGCAGCUGGAGGCCAAUCAGAAAGUUUGGCUCGAGGCCUUCAGAGACAACCAGCCGGAUUCUGUCUACAGAGACAGAAACGAGAAACAGAUCGUCUUCAACGGCUUCCUGAUCUUCUGAUCUGCUGUCACAUCGCAGCCGAUUUGCACUGACGGUGUAUUUCCACCAGCACUAUGCGUUUGUCAGGAUAUUGAUUUACUGAUUGAUUUACUGAUUUGCACACAGAUGAAAAACAAUUUCACACGAUACAGAGAGGAAAAAAGCAUGCAGGUGACGUAGAAACCCUACAGAAUAACACUAGGGUCACAUGAAAAAAAAUAUUUUGAUUAUUUUACCAUUUUGAUUUUUUUUUCCUCAGCAUUCUGAGACUAAAGUCAGAACACAAUUUUUUUCAUUUUUGUGUGGCCCUAAUGCGCCGCCAUAUGGACUUAUGGAUUAAAAUCUCUCCGUAAGUAAAACAAUAUGUACAGGUCCUUAUAUAGAAAAAAAAUUCAGAAUCAAACACAAACAGUGACAAAUUACAUGCAGAUAUUAUAUGUAAAAAACAAAAUGAAAGGAAAAACUUUAAAUAUGAACUGCUAUCUUGGAAAUGCCAUCAGAAGUUGUUGGAUUUUUCUCUUGAAAACAGCCAUAAAACCAACAUGCCAUCAUAUCAUGUUGUGACAAAUGUUGUGUUCAAGGUUAUGUCUCGGUUUUGUGUUGCUGAAUCUUAUAAACCUGCUUUGCACUGUCCAUGUCCCUGCCACUUAAAACCCCAUUAAAGUUUUUCAAUUUUUCAUGUUUGUCAGUGAUUUUUUAUAUAUACUAGCUGUGUAUCUGUGAACAUCUGUGAAAUCUAACAAACCUGUUAACAGUGUAGUAUUUUAUCAACCACAGACCUGCUGUUUCCUGUCCUGUAAAAAGUAUAUUC